AUUAAAGGCAGUUGUAACAAUGUGUUAAUGAAUUGAAACAUUAUUAUAAAGCAUUUGAACAUUCAAAAUAUUCACUUUAUGAUCAAAAGUGAAAAACUUCCUGGAGUAAGUUUAAUUAUAAAAUAUACAGUUAACUGAAAAGAUUAAAAUUGUUGCGAUUUUGAAAAUUUUUCAAGAUAUGGCCUCAAAAAAUCAAGUUCCUCUGAUAAAGCCAGCUCAAAGGAACAGGCCAUCUGACAAAGAGAAUCGAGCAAAUAGUUAUAGUAGACCUACUAAAAGUUCUGAAAUGAAAACUAAACCAUUACGUGCAAGCAAUCCAACCACAUCCAGUAAGGGAAUUGGUGUUGCUACAAUAUCGAAAGCAACCACACUCAAGCCAAAUUCAGAUUUUAAAGUUCCUGCUCCCGCGAACAAAGAUCCUAAAUGUGCUUCCGGUCCAGGAAUCGAAAAGCUUGUCAGCAAUCCUAAGCCUGUUGUAGAAGUUCAACCACGCAAAGUGGCUGUUGAAUCGAAAAAUGAAGAGUUUAAAAAGCCUGCGGCAGUGCCAGCUUCAAGUAACAGCAGCGCUUCCGCAGCACAGCCGCCUUCAAGUAGUAACAGCACUUCUGCUUCAGAAACAGAAAAGAAGAAAUGGACACUUGAAGAUUUUGAUAUUGGGAAGCCUUUAGGGAGAGGAAAAUUCGGCAAUGUUUACUUAGCUAGAGAGAAAAGAAGUAAAUUCACUGUGGCUUUAAAAGUGCUGUUUAAAUCUCAAUUAAAGAACCAUGGAGUGGAGCAUCAAUUAAGAAGAGAAAUUGAAAUACAGUCACACUUAAAGCAUCCCAAUGUUUUGCGACUAUUUGCCUAUUUUUAUGAUGAUGCUAGAGUAUAUCUCGUGCUAGAAUAUGCUGCUGGUGGUGAACUAUAUAAAGUGCUAAGGGAAAAGAAACGAUUUGAUGAGUCGACUGCAGCUAAGUACAUAUCCAAGAUUGCUGGUGCCCUCAAGUACUGCCACUCCAAGAACGUCAUCCAUCGAGACAUCAAGCCCGAGAACUUGCUCUUGUCCGCCACCGGAGAAGUCAAGAUUGCAGAUUUCGGCUGGUCGGUGCACGCUCCCUCCUCCAGGCGAACGACGCUUUGCGGGACUCUGGACUACUUGCCCCCUGAGAUGCUCGACAGCAGGCCAUACGACCAUAAGGUGGACCUCUGGUGUCUGGGGGUCCUCUGCUACGAGUUCCUGGUUGGGCGGCCUCCCUUCGAAUCGGAGUCUACGGAAAGGACGAUAUUGCUGAUCAAGAACAUUACUCUCGGCUAUCCCGCGGAUGUGUCCCCCGAAGCUCAGAAUUUCAUUUCAAGGCUGCUGCGAAAAAAUCCUGCUGAACGGAUGAGUAUCAACCACAUCUUGCAACAUCCAUGGAUUGUAAAGAAUACGCCAUCUGAUUCUUAAGUAAUGAAUUCAACUAUCAAUGGAAAUAGACAUCUCGUGAGCUGGUCGGAAAUGCUUUGUAAUUAGUCUGGAAAUGGUAUUUUCCUAUUUUGUUUGGGAUUGUCUGAGGUGUAUAAGGAAAAUGCUUAAACAAUCUGGUAAUUUUAAAUUUGAUUGAACAAAUGAAAAGGCCUUGUAACAAUUUGCUGCUCCAUGAAUUAUGCAUUUUUUACUGGUCAAGUCUAAGAAUUGUAUUUUAAAUUUUGUCUGCUGUGCAAGUAUUUUUAAUGUGUCUGAUAUUUUAGACAAUGUAU